GAGCAGACGACACUUUCAAGAAGCUUCCCGUCGGUGGUCGGAUUUCUUGUUCCGUGAGUUGAUACAGAUCUGUUAAUUAAGAUGUCCGAAAAUGAAUAUUUGGCCAAAGUUCGCUGCUACUUCACUGACAAAGAGUGGGCAGAGAUGCCCGAUUUGACGAAGGAGCGAUACGGGAACAUCAAACGAAACUACGAUGCCAUGGUCGCGUUGGAUCUUAAACCGGCCAUGCCGGAAUUUAUGAAGGCCAAGCCGUUGGCUCAAAAACCCGUGACGAAGAACAGCGUUCAAUCGCACAGUGAAAAGCAACGGCUCAAGAAGGCCACCAACGCCGCACAGACACCCAAAACUGGCGCCAAGGGCAAAGAAAACAGCGCCGGAGUGAAGCUCGCUCCACGCAAGGAGAAAUGGACGGCUCCCGUCAAAGACCGCACCGUCCUCGCGGACAAGCAACAGCUCACGGCUGGUGUGGCAACCGACAACAGGAGCGCCGACGCAAGCGACGCUGGCUCCAAGCGUCCCAGCCGUGCUCAGAAGAAGGUGAACUACGCCGAGUUCGAUGACAGCGACGGGGAAUCGACUGACAGGCCAUUCUCCUCUACAGACACCGACUCUUCCGGAGAUUUACGCUACCCUAGGCGACAGCGGAAGGAGGUUAACUAUAUGGAAUGCGAAGAGGGGCCGGACGAAGACUACCUGUUUUGUGAUGACUGCAAGAUGGACUACCCGGGAGACUGUCCCGUCCAUGGACCACUAACGCACGUGAAGGACACUCCGGUUCCUUUGGGGGACCACCAGCGUGCAAACAAGACAGUGCCCGAGGGGUUGUGUGUGCGACGUUCGACGAUCAAAGGGGCCCAGUACGGCGUGUUUACCAUGAAGCGGCUACCCAAGAGGCUGUGCUUUGGACCGUACGAAGGCGUCCAAGUGGACAGCAGCGCCGCAAACGGGUACACCUGGCAGAUCCGCCACAGCGGCCGAGUAUUCCUGGUGGACGGCCGCCCGUUAGACCGUUCCAACUGGAUGCGCUACGUCAACUGCGCUCCCGAGCAGAGCCAGCAGAACCUGGUGGCGUUCGUGCGCCAGGGUGCCGUCUACUACCGCACGUGCAAGGUGGUGAACGCCGCAGAGGAGCUGUUCGUGUGGUACGGGGACGACUUCGCCAAGCAGCUGGGUCUCAUCGGCAACUCGGGGACACAGAACAAAGCGGCCGAGGCGGACGUCGCUGUACCACGUGAGGUGUUCUCCUGCGACGAAUGCGGCGAUCAAUUCACCGUGAAGCAGCUGCUGGAGAACCACCAGCGACGUAAGCACAUGCGAAAGCCCAAAGGAAAGCACCAAUGCGCCCACUGCCCUUACUCCAGCAAUAAAAGGUACGAUGUCACCAGGCACGAGAGGAUCCACACGGGCGAGCGGCCGUUCGUGUGCGACAUCUGCCACCGGGGCUUCAACGAGCGAAGCAAGCUCGACCGGCACCUGCUGGUCCACACGAAGGAGAGGCCGUACGAGUGCGCAGACUGCGGCCAGCGCUUUAGCGAUGUGUCAAACAUGGCGCGUCAUCGGAGGAUUCGGCACUCUUCUGAAAGCGCGCCACGUCACGUGUGCUCCGAGUGCGGAAGAGGGUUCACGAAGGGAAGUAACCUAGACAGACACCUGCUCACCCACACGGGCGAGAAGCCGCACGCCUGCGCCGAGUGCGGACUGAGGUUCGCGCAUCGCAGCCAUGCCAGGAUGCACGAGUUGGUCGUCCACCGCGGUCAGUACCCGGCGUACUGCUCACACUGCGGCAAGGGGUGUUGGACAAUGAGUGACCUGAGAAGACACGUGCGCGCUCGUCACCGACACGAAGAGGACGACAAGGAGAACGACGAGGACCACGUGAAGGGAAAAGCACCCGGAGAGAAUAAAGCUGGACCCUUUGGGCGAGACAUUUAAGUGGCGCAUAGCGAUAGAGAAGUGAACAACAAAACCUGGUCGACCUUUUUUUUUUUUCGGCAGUUAUACUCGAAUAUAAGAACUGUGCGAAUACGCCUACA